AGGUGUUAUACCCCUCACCUGGGAGAUUGUCCCGGUCACCCUGAUCACAGGUAGUCAGUAUGCCCUUCCCUACCUACCUACCCAGCCGCCCUCUCAGUCCUCCACUGAGCCAACCGCCCGCCUAGGCAGGCAGGCAAGCAAGCAACAGCUCCGUCGGACGCAGGAGUGUGCAGUUUUCCUCUCACAGUGAGUGCGAGCCGCGUCUCUCCGCCGCUCACAUCAUCUGAUCCUUCUUACCCAGACUUGUUCACAUGAGAAUUGUGAAGAUCCAAGAAUGUUUUCACUUGUUGGAAGUGCCUGAGUGACGGUGCUGGGGAUCCAGUUGUGCCUGGGUUGUAUACUGACACUAAAGGGACGUUAGGGUUGGUGCUACGCUGGCACCGAUGUUGCUCAGGAAGGCAUAGUACAUUGCUAAGCUACGUGGAACAAUAUCCUCAAGUUAAUGCUACCGUGGAUUGCAUGAUACUCCGGAAAUGACAGUACUGUACUUUUGAAAUUGUUGUAGCGGUGACCUAAUGGUACAAGGGACGUGACGGUACUCUCAGACUAAUGUUGUGAUUGAUGUGAUGGUACGAUGGGAGUAAAGGUACUCUGAAACUGAUGGUACCAAGUUGGUGGUAGGCUGGGACUGAGGGCAGAGUUGAGAAUGUUUGAGGUUUUCUAACACCUCGGGGAUGGGAUCUUCGUGCAGCUGCACUAAGGACGGCUCUGCCGACGACUCCCCUCGCAAGGAGAAGUCCAACGGCCAUGUGUUGGAGAACGGCGCCCACCAUGACGGUGGCGCCGCCGCUCAGAACGGACACAUCGGAGACACCACAGGCGAAACGAGAGGCGAAAUCACGGCUAAUGGAGCCGGAAACAUUGGAAACGGCGUGUUACAUAACGAUGAGGAGAGGAAAGGUGAAGCAGAGGUGGGGACGGAUAUCCUGCAGGGCAAGACUGUGCCCGCCUGCCCCGAGGGCAAUCACCUCAACAGUAGAAAUGCUUGGCUGACAGCAACACCCCCCAACACUCCUGCCCUUCCCAUCUCUGCCACCUGUCAACAAAACAUGUCUGAGGAAGGUAAGUUUCUUGCUGGACGUCUCACUGUUGUACUACACAUUGGCGUAACAUUAGUGUUUGAACGGUUGAGUGUCCCUUUUGUAAUGUAUGUUUAAAGGAUACAGGAAAUAAUGCGAAAGAAUCUGGAAAUAUACUUUAUUUUAAUCCCCGCUCUGGAAUUCCAUUCCGCAGGCGCUGUAUGAUCCUUAAGGAUUUAGCGCUUUCAUGUAAAAAUAAUUGCCGAAGAAUCUAAUAGCAA